CCCAACGGCCUGCACUAGACAAGGUUCUAGCAGCAAGGGAGAUUCGCCACUCCCGAGCGUGUCGGAACGUUAGCUGCUUCUAGGGACAGGAAGCUGCUGGCUUAGAAACCCACUCUUACCUAAUAGUGCGAGAGAGGGGUUUUCGUUUUGACCCUUAGGAGAAAAGUAGCAGACUAAAUUCUUACGACACGAACUAGCUAGUUACCACGUUUUGAGCCUCGUUUUAUUUCGUCCCGCUGUUCCGACAUGGCGGCCGGCACGGCUAAGCUAGGCCGCUGCUCUUUUAGCGCAUUCCUCGUCCUCCUCCUCCUCUCAAACCCGUCAUGCGCGCAAGAUGCAUCAUCAUCUCAAGAUCCCCCCACCCCACUACCCGACGACACAGGCGAGCUGGUUCAAGGCAAGGACCCCUCCAUGUCCGCCUCGGAUUUCCUGGCCGCGACACAGAUCGCGCCGGAUAAAAUCCAGACGAUUCGCAUGCGAAUCUACCAGCAGUUCGUCCAGAAUCUCGCGAUGCAAGGCGCGAGCACCGCCGCUCUCGGCGAAAUCGUGAACCUCCCGCAGCCACCAUUCACGAAUAUGACCCUCCAGCUUGUGAAACUGAGGCUCUCUUCACUCGUUGCGAACGGGUUUUUAUUCCACGAGUUUUUCGUCCCGCCGGGGAUUCAGGUUUCCACGAAUUCGGAGCUGGUCGUUCUGCUGUACAACCAGAUUCCGGUCACGUUUUCGCCGUACAGACCACCGGCUGGUUACUCGUAUACGCCGUAUUUCGCCGGGAUCGACAUCCUUCCGUUCGUGAACGACUCGACGCAGGCUCCGGGGCCGCUGCUCGUGCGAUCGAGCCCGUCGUUACCAGUAACUGUUACAUUCCCUUUGGACGAUUCCCAACAUAAAUUCGUGCAGUGCACGACUUUCGGCAUCCGUGGCACGCUCAUCCCGCUCAACCAAUCACAGGACAGCACGCCCACGCGAAUCGUCUGCCAGAGCGUCACCCUAGGGGAAUUCACCCUCACAAUCGGCUCUCGCCCAUUCCCUCCGCCUCCGCCCCCGCCACCCUCCCCGCCGGUCUCCCCCCCUCCGCCGCAAAACCCCGACCCUCUUCCGCCUCCUCCCCCCGCGACUCCUCCCGCCGACAACAGCGGCUCAAGCGGACUUACUAUAGGUCUAGCCGUCGGGCUCGCGAUACCGAUUAUUCUGCUGCUGCUGCUGGGCGCGUGGGUGGUGUGGCAGCUGCUGCAGCGCGGCCGCUACGAGAAGAUGGAAAUGGCGGCGGAGCGCGCCGCCAACCUCGAGACCGCGCUCAUCGCGGGGCAGCGCGCGCCGUCCGCGCCCGCCGUGCGCACGCGCGGGGCGCUGGAGGACGAGGCUUGAAGCGGAGAAAAGGUUAGAUGGGGGGAGCCGAUGAAGGCAACAGGCGCCGACCGCGCGCACCGAGCGCAAAGGGAGGCCGCUGGAGGAGGGGGCGUGAGUGAUGUGGCGCAAAGGAACAAGGGAAUGGGGGGAAAAUGAGGGGGAGAACGCUUUUGAGUCGACUCAAGAGCAACGGGCUGGAGGGAAGCUGAGGGGGAGAGGUGCCAUGGCGCGAGAGGCGGAAGGCACCAGACGCUUACUGCCUCAUCGCGGGACGAGAGGCGUCGUCUGCGCCCGCCGUGUGCACGUGAGGGGCGCUGCAGGACGAGGCUCGGGGACUGUACUGGGAAGCGGGGAGGAGAGCUAGGAGUGCACUAACAAG